UCGGUGGGAGGUGUCGUAGCUUAGCGUUGUAAGACAGGAACCACACAGCCGCUGAUAUUAAUGCUCUUAACGUCAACGAGAGUCUGUGAGAGAGAGUUCAUCCAAAUCAUUAUUGAUCAUGGACCCAAACACCAGUGGACUUGUGGAGAAGUUGGCUGAAGCGGGCCAGUCUCACCUCCUCCAGUUCUGGAAGGAGCUGAGUCCCAAAGACCAGCAGGAGCUUUUCCAGGAUCUUCAGGGAGUAGACUUUCUGGAAAUCAACGGAUUCUUCAAGAGCGCCAUGGAGACGUCCAGCAGCACCAAACACGAGAAGAUGGACGGGCGCAUGGAGCCAGUGCCCCGGGAGGUGCUCGGGAGUGUGACUAGGGACAGGGAGAGUCUGAAAGACUGGGAGGUCAAAGGUCUGGACUGCAUCGCUCAGAGUAAAGUGGCUGUCCUACUGCUGGCGGGGGGUCAGGGAACCAGACUUGGGGUCUCUUACCCUAAAGGCAUGUACGACGUCGGGCUGCCAUCCCACAAAACUCUCUUUCAGAUCCAAGCGGAGCGCAUUUUGAAGCUGCAGCAGCUGGCGGAGCAAAAGACAACAGUCAAAUGCUGUGUUCCCUGGUACAUCAUGACCAGUGGCAGGACGAUGGAAUCCACCAAGGACUUCUUCUCGCAGCAUAAAUACUUUGGUUUAGACAAGAACAAUGUCAUCUUCUUCCAGCAGGGCAUGCUGCCAGCAAUGGACUACUCUGGAAAGAUCAUCCUGGAGAGCAAGGGGAAGCUUUCCAUGGCUCCUGAUGGAAACGGGGGUCUUUACAGGGCCCUUGGGAACCAGGGAAUCCUGGACGACAUGCAGCGGAGGGGAGUCGAGUUCAUUCAUGUGUAUUGUGUCGACAACAUCCUGGUCAAAGUGGCCGAUCCCACCUUCGUUGGGUUUUGUGUGCAGAAGGGAGCGGACUGCGGAGCUAAGGUGGUGGAGAAAACCAAUCCGACCGAGGCUGUGGGCGUGGUCUGUAAGGUGGACGGGCAUUACCAGGUGGUGGAGUACAGCGAGAUCACCCUACCGACGGCUGAGAAGCGCAGCUCGGACGGCCGCCUGAUGUUCAACGCGGGGAACGUGGCCAACCACUUCUUUAGCUUCUCUUUCCUGCGAGACGUCGUGCAGAAAUAUGAACCCCAGCUGCAGCACCACGUUGCCCAGAAGAAGAUCCCGUUUGUGGACGAUCAGGGUCAGCUCAUCAAACCGGAGAAACCGAACGGGAUUAAAAUGGAAAAGUUUGUCUUUGACAUCUUCCAGUUUGCAAAGACGUUCGUGGUGUACGAGGUUCUGCGGGAGGACGAGUUCUCCCCGCUGAAGAACGCGGACACCCAGGACGGGAAGGACACGCCCACCACUGCCAGACACGCCCUCAUGUCCCUGCACCACCGCUGGGUCCUGAACGCUGGGGGCCACUUCAUCGACGAGAACGGCAGACGUGUGCCCGCCAUACCCAGAGACGGAGCAGCGGGGAGUGUCACAGAUGAUGGCAACAGAAACCUCAAGGAUGGAACCGACCUUCCGAUCAAAUGCGAGAUCUCUCCGCUGGUCUCCUACGCGGGAGAGGGUCUCGAGGAGUUGGUCAAGGGACGAGAGUUUCAGGCGACCCUGAUGAUCGACGAGCGCGGAGUCCACGAACUGGUGAAGAACGGCGUUUAGUCAACAGAGGACAGACGCGGGAGAACAACCCAAAGAUCACCUCAUGCUUUUUGUUUUCCUGAGUUUGUUUAGAGAAACUGUGAUGCCAUCGCCGUGCAAUAACAAGCGUCUCCCUGAAAGGUUCUUGAGUCUUAAGUGAAUGAGGCUAAUGAAGUACGCAGUCUUUUCUCUGUUUGUAUGCUGACGCCAUACUUUAUCUUUCUUUCAUAGAGCACUUGAACACAUUGUGAAAUUAUGAAUGAAAUCCUUAUUGUCUGGACUAUGCAUUCGGCAAGUGCAUCUAUUUAUUUUGCUUAUGAGACUUAUUUUUAUACGUCCUGAUGAAUGCUGUUUAGAUGGACUUUACCAUCUAUUUAACUUGUAAUUUUUGUACAAGAAUAGGCUGAGAUUAAGUAAUCAGUACAUGUCAUAAGGACACAUGGAUCGGGAUGUGGGGGGUAUUUAUAAUAUCUGCUUCUUAAUCAUUAAAGGAUGGCUUUUAUCUUUUAUUAAAUGCACUUUCUACAUGGAAACCAAAUUGUUUUGUCUAUAUCUCUUUAUAAACUCUCAAUUUGCACAA